UUAAAUCGUCGACGCCACUCCCCUUGGUUCCGCCUCCUCGCUUGGAGUGAGUCGAGUUCGGAAGUCGGCGAGGGAGAACUACAAGCUUCAACUUCCUUAUGGCAUGUUUCACCGAACAGCUCCGAACUUGCUAUCGUACUUUCUAACGUUUGUUGGGAAAGUAACAACGCGUGCCUUUCUUGAAUGGAAUCAAGCAGUCUGCUGGCAGAAAGUGCCGACGCACCCCGCAGAGAUUACGGAUGCAGGUCGGGGAGACGACGUGACCCGACCGGGUGGACGUACGCGGUCACGUGUGCUUUGGGCAGUGUCAGUGGAAAAGCAGAUGAGGAGCUCCACGUCCAACAAGCUGUUGUUCUCAUUGAAGAUGCGAUUCAGUAUCGGUCUAUUAACCACCGGGUGGAUGCAAGCUCCCUUCGUCUGUAUCGUCGGUACUACUCGAGGAUAUGCCAGUGGGCCUUAGGCCUGACGAUUGCGGUGGCGCUGUUGCUGGCAUUUGUGGAGCGCCCUUCUUCCCUUUCCGUCACCUCUGACCCUCGAUAUCGCUCUCCAGCCUGGGAGCCUCCUUGCGGCUUCACUGAGAGCUUUGAGAUCGUCUGCCUUUUCAUCUUUACGCUUGAUCUCGCUGUUAAGAGCUACUUGAUUGGCUGGGACGAAUUCAGGAAGAACAAAUGGCUGAUUAGCUAUACCAUUGUCAUUUCCAUCUCCGUCGUUGAUUGGGUCUUGUCCAUCAGCAUGGUCUGUGAUGAGAAACUGAGAGUUCGACGACUUAUUCGACCAUUCUUCCUCUUGCAAAACUCAUCCCUGAUGAAAAAGACCCUCAAGUGCAUCAAGAGAACGCUGCCAGAGAUUGCCAGUGUCAUUUUGCUGCUGGCGCUGCACCUCUGUCUGUUUACUAUGAUUGGCAUGUUGUUGUUCCCUAAAACCGAGGAUCCACUCAAGAAUGAAGAGUGGAAAGUGUAUUUUCGAAACCUGCCCACUUCACUUACUUCCCUGCUGGUGCUGCUCACGACAGCGAACAAUCCGGACGUGAUGAUCCCUGCCUACUCUCGAAACCGAGCUUAUGCUAUUUUCUUUGUGCCCUUCAGUGUAAUUGGAACGUAUUGCCUGAUGAACUUAAUGACGGCCAUUAUCUACAACCAGUUCAGGGGAUAUUUGCUCAUGUCAGUCCAAACAUCCAUCAUCAGAAGGCGUCUGGGAAUCCGAGCAGCCUUUCAAGUCCUCAGCUGUCAUGAAGUUGAGAACGCUACUGGGGAGCGUGUGCCAGUCGAUGCUGUGCUGCAAGUGAUGUCCAGGAUCCAGAUGCAACGCUACUACAGAGAGGCCAUCACUUCGGAGACGCGUCAGUAUGAAACUGAAGGCUUUAUGAAUAAAGAACAGUUCACACGGAUAUUUGAUGAGCUGGAUAAAGACCGCAUAAAAGAGCACCCUUCCGCACCGCAGUAUAACUCUGUAGUAUUGCAGAAGCUGCAGGUGAUCUCCAGCCACUACUAUUUUACAAUAUUCGGCAAUGUCGUGGCGUUGGCCAAUGUGGUGUGCAUAUGUACUGUGCUGGUAUUGAAUUCUGAGAAGUCCACAGCAGAGAGAGAUAACCAUUAUAUGGAGAUCAUCAACCUGUGUUUUAUCAUCUACUACCUGUUUGAAAUGUGUGUGAAGAUAUUUGCCUUGAGCUGGAAAGGGUACCUUUCCUACAGGAACAACAUCUUCGAUGGAUUCCUCACCAUCCUGCUACUGGUCCUGCAGAUACCUAUUUAUGUCAUCUACCGCCUUCCGUAUGUGCAUGUGAACCCAUCCUCGAAGGAAAUAUUUUCUCUGUGGGAGAUGGUCCGUUUUGUUAACAUGCUGAUUGUCUUCCGCUUUCUGCGCAUCAUACCGGAUAUCAAGCUCAUGGCUUUGGUUGCAAGUACCUUGUUGGACCUGGUGAAAAACCUAAGAGCCUUUGCGGGGAUACUGGUGGUGGUUUACUACGUGUUCGCUGUGUUUGGCAUCUGGCUGUUUGAGGGGGCCAUUAAACCGCCAGCGCAUGUGAGUGUUCCCUAUAAGACAACCGCGAUGGAAAACAUCACCUCGAACUUCAGCACUGACUGUGGUACCUAUGAACAGCUGGGCUACUGGCCAAACAAUUUUGAUGACUUUGCUGCGGCCAUCAUUUUGCUGUAUGACGUCAUGAUCAUCAACAACUGGCAGGCCUUCAUGGAUGCGUAUACCAGAUACACCACUGAGUGGUCCAAAAUCUACUUUGUGUGUUGGUGGUUGACCUCUUCUGUCAUGUGGGUUAACUUGUUUGUGGCACUCAUCCUUGAGAACUUCACCUACAAGUGGGAUCGCAGUCACAGCUGCUCCGUUACGGAUGUGGAGAGGAUCAGAUACGAAACAUCUGUUCAACUCAUUUUUAAAGAGCAAGUCAAGGAGCCCACAGAAGAAGAAUUGCUUUGUCGGCUCCGGCAGCACCCUCACCUCCGCUUACACUGGGGGGGCACGUGACAAGCGAAGCCACGGCGCAUGGUACUGUACGAAUUUGCUGCGUGGCAAUUCAGCAACGUUGCAAUGAUUAUGCGACACUCCAAUAUGUUUUGGCGUCUAUUCCCGAGCCACACAGCUGAAUAUGUUUAGGGAGGAUCCUCGAAUGGAUAAAACAAGGCGGAUGUGAAAAAUUCUUAGGGCAUUCAUAUUUUUGUCAUUAAAAAUGAUUUUACUGUCAAAAUA